AUUGAAUUUAAUUUUUAACUUUCGCAGUGGACAAGAACACGAACAACAACAACAACCAUGUAUGAAAAAAAUAAAGGCGCUAAAGGGAUCUGGUUGAGGGUCAAAAUGAAUUUUCUGUGUGCAAGAGUGCGAAUAACUGUUCCGGUGUCGGCAAAAGAGACAUUGUCUGCAUACUGUUCAGAAAAUGCUGGCCACUAUGCCUCUCUGGUUGUUGGCACAAUUGGAGCACUAUGCAUAGCAAAGUACUUAUGGAAGUGGCGCGGCAUAAAGGAAAAAAUCAGAUACAAGCAAGGGAAGUGCAGGAAAGCAAUACAGAAUUUGCAAGAGUCCCUUGAUAAAAAUGGGCCAUCAGAAAACGAUGUUGAACUCAUAACAAGCCUGUCAUUUGAAGAACUACAUUCAAAGCUACAGAAAGGGGAGUUAAAAGCAGUUGAUGUUCUCAAAGCAUUUCAGACAAAGGCACUUAAGAAAAAUGAAGAUCUUAAUUUCAUGGUGGAGCCGAUAACAGAGGCUAUGGCUAUUGCCGUGGAUUUGGACAAAGUUCCACCAAACAAGAGAGGGCCAUUGCACGGAAUUCCUAUUAGCGUAAAAGAAAACUAUUACAUAAAGGGCUAUGACAGUACGGGAGGGUUGAGUAAUUUCUUGUUCAAACCAAGGUCAGAAGACGGUCACAUGAUCACAGUACUGAAGGAGCUUGGAGCCAUUCCUUUUGUGAGGACCAAUAUUCCACAGUCCAUGAUGACUUUUGAAUGCUCGAACCCAAUCUAUGGCACAACCUUUAACCCACACAACCUUACACGGGGCCCGGGAGGGUCUUCAGGCGGUGAAGGGGCUAUAUUAGGGUCCGAGGCCUCCCUGCUAGGCUGGGGCAGCGACAUAGGUGGCAGCCUGCGCAUCCCUAGCCACUUCUGUGGCGUUUGCUGUCUGAAGCCAACAGCUGGGAGACUGGGGUUCCAGUCAACUGAAGAAUUGGUGCGUGGACAAACUCUAGUGGUGGCAACAAUAGGCCCUAUGGCUCGAGAUGUGUACACUCUGGGGAAGGUGAUGGAAGCCGUGUGGAGCUCAAUGUUAUUUCAAAUGGACACCUCUAUUCCUCCCCUGCCUUUCAAUCAUGAGUUAUACGACUCCAGUGACAGCCUGUGCAUUGGUUACUAUGACAGUGAUGGGUAUGUGCCGCCUAUUCCUGGAGUAAAAAGGGGCCUAAAUCUGGCUGUGGAAGCUCUCAGGAGAAAAGGACAUACACUUGUUCCGUUUGAGGUGCCAGACCCACGGGGCAUGUUUUGCAAGCUGUUUGCGGGUGCGGUAUUUGGUGACGGGGGCAAGAACUUCAUCUCACAGCUGUCAGAAGACGUAGUAGAUUCCUCCAUUCAGAUGCUCAUCUACGCAUAUAAGUUUCCCAACUUUCUCCUACGGCCACUGUCCUACAUUGUGUCUCUAGUACACAAGGAUGAAGUACCCGGUCAACAGAUGCGAAGUAUGUUAGGAGGGGAGUCCAUCAGCGGUUGGUGGGAACUGGCACAUGAAAUCCAGAAGUACAAGUUGGAAUUUGAGAGACUCUGGAAAGAAAAGGGACUGGAUGCCAUUGUGUGUCCAGUGAUGCCUUUUGUAGCCUCUCCCAUUGGGGCGGUCAAGUUCCUGCUGGGUGGUGCCACAUACACUACCCUGUACAACGUACUCAACUACCCCGCAGGGUGUGUGCCAGUCACCAGGGUGACCGCUAUUGAUGAGAAGGAAAUGGAGAAUUAUCCAAGCACCACUUUGACUGAGAAGUUUGUUAGAAAGUACUACAGCUCAGAGACGACUGGGCUGCCAGUAUCAGUACAGUGUGUAGCCUUACCAUUUAGAGACGAGAUGGCACUGCGAGUCAUGAGGGACCUGGAAACAGAACUGAAAAAGCCAAGGAGAAAAUAGAAAUCAAAGAAUCUUUUUUUUUUUUUUUUUAGUGCAUACAUUUUAUUUUUGCAAUAUAGUAAUACAGUAGUAAUAUAGUAAUACAGUAGUAAUAUAGUAAUACAGUAGUAAUAUAGUAAUACAGUAGUAAUAUAGUAAUACAGUAGUAAUAUAGUAAUACAGUAGUAAUAUAGUAAUACAGUAGACUCUGCCAAUACUCUCAGUACUCUCCAAGUACCGGAACUCCCGAUUCCGAAUGGUCGGGCCAGUCCCUUAUUUUUUGCUCCUUUUAUUUCUUUGUUUAAAAAUGUUGAAUAAACGGAACUCUCUCAAAACCGGAAACCGAAUGGAUAUCUCCUUGAAUUUCGUCAUUUUUCAACGUAAAAUACAUUGAGUAUACCGGACGGUCCAAAUUGUCAAGAUGCCCGAGGCGUGUAAAUUACAAUACCUAGUAAGCACGGCGCAUGCGGUGUCACACAUUCCGCUUGCGCAAUUAUCGAUAAUCGGAUUAAUCAAACCGUAAAGGUCAAGUCGUUUCCACGGUAUUGAAGUCCGAUUAAAUAAUGUUAAACAAACUGUGAAUGUCUUUUAUAGGCGUGCGGUAACACCAAAAAGUGAUUGACGCGAUCGUUUUUAUAAGCUUAUGAUAAACAAUUUUAUUACAAAAUUAAUGCAUGUUGUUGCAACAAUCACUUUCUUGUGAGCUUCACGGGUAGUUUAAAAGAUCUUAUUACCAUUUUUUAAUCGGUUAAAUAGUUGUGUGUUUGUUUGUCAGAUAAAACUGUGAGAAAUAUGACCGUUCAGUAUCCAUCCGUCUGUCUUCAAAUUUAUUUAUUGCCUAGUCUAUAUGGAAUGUUUUUUGCUGUUAAUCGAAUAAAAGCACAUUUUAAAAAUAAUACUUUAAACACAAAGACACACAGUCAAGGUCACAGUGACCUAUUAAAAAACAAAAAUUCUGACAAGCUUUCAUUUAUUCACAACUGCAACCGCAGCCGAGCGUGGCUACCGUUAAGCGGUGCACUUGUUUUGAACUCAUGACCUUGUGGUUAAAACUGGCCAAACCCAUUGGGUCAGAUAGAUUAUAUAGGUAGACUUAAAUAUGAAAGCAAGUUACCGCUAAAUAAUCCUCUUCUGAAAUCACAAGCCUCAAAGAAAUGUAACAUGGCAUUUUGGUAAUCGAUCAACAUUUUCAAAAAUGUCCCUGGCCACAGGGACCAAUUUUGUCAAUGUUAAAAAUUGCUUCAUAAUAACUACUUCAUUCAGCGCUUAGCGUUAUUUUUCACUGCUGUAAUAAGGUCUAGUUGAUGCAGUCAUUGCUUUGAUAUUUUUAAAUGUUUAAGAAUUCAUACUCCUGACUUUCUUUAUUGUUCUCAAGAGUUUAGGAUCUGAGUAAUUUUUGCUUUUGGGAUGUUCUUAAUGGUUGAGAAUUCAUUUAAUGACUGCUUUCAAUUUUUCUUAAGAGUUUUGAAUACAGUAGACUCUCUGUAAACCGGACGGUCUCGGGACCGGCCUGAUCGUCCGGUUUUCAGAGAGUUCCGGUUUACCAAGAGUAUGCAUAUUGCCGAAAUAUACAUGGUAUGCAUUGUGUACAGAAUCACAUAAAAAUAAAACAAACCUUAUACAUUUACAUGUACCAUGUGAUAACUGUACGCAGGUACUGAUGAUGUAAAUUGCAUUCUUAAAAAAUGUGUUUUUAAUCGAUUGAAGCGCUCGCCGAGUGCCUUCAGAGAUGGUUUUGGUUGAGCAGUUGAUUCCGUGAUGAGCUUUAUCUUAUCCUCUAACGUAAGCUCUACGCGUCUGCGUUUAGCUGGAGGUUGCGACAUUUAAGAUGCGUUCGAAAUUAGUAAACGGCAAUGAAUGAAUAACAGUCAUAUUUCUGACAGUUUAUCUGACAAACAAACAAACAACCAUUUCAGCGUUAAAAACAUGGCUAUAAGAUCUUUGAAAUUCCCGAGAAGAUCACAAGAAAGUGAUUGUCGCAACGGCAUGCAUUAAUUUUUUAAUGAUGCAUUUUAAUUAUGCUAUGUUUAUGGGAGCAGUGGUCUAAUGGUAGGACGCUGGCUUAGGGAUCGAGAGGUCCCGGGUUCGAAUCCCGCCCUGACCACUGGAAUUUCCUUGAGCAAGAAAUUUAUCCGAUAUCUGCUCCUCUCCACCCAGGUGUAUAAAUGGGUACCUGUGAGGGAAAUAAGCCAAUAUGCCGUGGCUGCAUACUGCGCCAAGUUGUUAACGGACAACUUGUGAUCCAGUGAUCAGGGAAAAACCAGUAAAGCGCCUUUGAACGCACCCGCGAGUAUGAAAAGGGCGCUAUAUAAAUGGUAUAAAACAAAAACAAAAACAAACAAACAAUUAACUUGUUUAUCAUAGGCGAUAAUAAAUAUUUAAUAAAACGAUCAAGUCAAUCACUUUUUGGUGUUACCGCACGUCUAUUAUAGACAUUCACAGUUUGUUUUACAUUACUUAAUCGGACUCCCAUAGCGCGGUAACGACUUGACACCUUAAUAGUAUGUUUAAUCCGAUUAUCGAUAAUUGCGCGAGCAAAAUGUGUGACACCGCACUCGCUGUGUUGACUAGGUAUUGUUAUUUUCACGCCUCGGGCAUCUUGAGAAUUUAGACCGUCCGGUUUACUCAAUGUAUAUUUUACGUUGAAAAUGACAAAAUUUACGGAGAUACCCGUCCGGUUUCCGGUUUUCAGAGAGUUCGGUUUAUUCAAUAUUUUUUAACAAUAAAAUAGAAGGAGAAAAUACGGGACUGGCCCGACCGUCCGGAAUCGGGAGAGUUCCGGUAUUCAGAGAGUCCGGUAUUGGCAGAGUCUACUGUACUUGUAAACCAUGCUGUCAAUUUUUCUAAUGAGCUUAAAAUCUGUAAUAAAAGCAGUCUGCAUUUUUAUUUUAGCUGUUAAAUGUGUGUGUAUUUUAUUUUGUGUUUUUCUUUCAUGUUUUUUGCUUUUUAAAAGUGUGCUUUUCUGAUAACAGUAGUUUAUAUUAUAGUUUAAUUUGAUGUAAGGAAUGUAUUAUUUCAGUUUACUAUAAAGUGCCCGUCUUGUAAUUGGCAAAAUAACAUUUGGACCGACGUGAUUUCUGAACAUGUCAGUUUGGAUAAUAGGUCAAAUAAUAACCAAUACAUGUCUUUUUCUCUCUAGCAAUAUUUUGUUGUGCCAGAACUUUUGAAAAAAUGCUUGUCCUAAUGAAUGUACUUGGAUACCAACAUUUUAAAGGUAGGUCAAUUUUCAGGAAAAAAACAGCAAAACAUGAAUGUUUAUUUUUACACCCAAGACUUGUUUAUGGUUCAGUGUUAUCAUAUUUUUUCUCAAAACAAUAAUCUUACUUCUUGUUUUAGUCAGCAUAUAUAUUUUUAUCACAAAUUAUGUGUAGACACAAUUGCUCUGAGGAAUUUUGUUUAAAGGUGUAAUUGCCAUAUGGUGAUGGGAACAAACUUGUAGUCAAUAAGAUGAGGUGUUUCAUGUGUAUAACAUGCUAAUUUAACAUGGGGCUUUUUUAUGAAUUUUGAGAAAAAUUGCCUUAUAAAAAAGGAACGCAGUAUUGUUUCCCUCAGACUUACAAGUAGUGCUAAGUGGUACAACAAUUAAAGGAUCUUAAAAGUCUUUGUGUAGACCUGUGCUACAGAUUAUAGAAAAUGUGUAAUUGCCUUGUGAUUUCAAGUACUUAUGAUUGUUUGUUAGUUAGCAACAAUAUUAUUUACUGUUUUUGUAUGUACUGUAGAUGCCUCAUAUUUCAAACUGUCUACUUCUACUUCUACCAGUUGACGACCACAAUCAACUCGUUGAUUAUUAUGUCGUAGUGUGGGUGUUGAAGAAAAGUUGCAGAAUAAACGAUUAAAAGUCCAGAAUGUACAUGUACAGUUUAAAAACAGAGUUCUUUACAGUUUAUAUAAAGUGUUUGUCCAAUUGAGCUUUGAAGCACUUAAUUGACCCGCAGAUACUAUGUCUGGCGGCAGCUUGUUCCAAUCUCUGAUGGUCCUUGGGGAAAUAUGAGUUGAGUCUGUAGUCAUUUUUUACAUGAUGGAAUUUGGAAGGUUUUUUCAUGCAUGCCGCUGGUGAGUCUUCUUGGUGGUAUUAAGCGAUGUUCUUUAUUGAUGGCAACUUUUUGUUUUCGAUUUUGUAUAGCAUUAAAAGUCUGGCUUCCUUCCUCCUUGUCUCAAGAAAUUUCCAAUUUAGUUGUUCCAACAUAUCUGUAAUCCUUGAUCUAUUACCAUGUCUAUUUGAUACAUAUCUGGCGCCCCUCCUUUGCACCAUCUCAAUUUUCUCUAUGUCCACUUUCGUGUAUGGGUACCAGACAUUUAAGGGUAAGUCAUGUUUAUAGUUUAUGAAAUUUCCAAUGAAUGUAUUACACCUAACCACUUUUUACAUGAUAUGAAUUUUGGUCCUGUAGUAAAAACAUACACAUAUAUCUCAAAGUGCUGCCUUUUAUUGCAUUUAUGUUUUAGAUUUAUCACAGAUGUAUUCCUUAUUCUGUUCAAAAUAUGAUAUUAUACAAGUAGCAUUUAACAAGUGUUCAUAUAAAUGUGAUGGUAAGUCAUGUUUAUAGUUUAUUCCCUAUGAAUGUAUUACACCUUGCGACUUUUUUACAUGAUAUGAAUUUUGGUCCUGUAGUAAAAACAUAUUCAUAUAUCUCAAAGUGCUGCCUUUAAUUGCAUUUAUGUUUUAGAUUUAUCACAGAUGUAUUCUGUAUUAUGUUUAAAAAAUGAUAUUAUACAAGUAGCAUUUAACAAGUGUUCAUACAAAAAUUUAUGGUGCUUUACACAUACAUGAAAUAUUGGAAUUGUAAGCAGAUGUAAUAUACGGGUCAUUUAGUAUUUAAUAUCCUAAUACCUUCACAGUGUUUAAACAUGUCUACAUUUAUAUUGAAUCAUAUCAAGUGUAUUUUGUAUUUUAAGCAUAAAGGUGUUCAAUUGGAAUUAUUUUAUUAAUGAUGCCCCAUUUCCAAGAGGUAGGGGUAUGUUGCUAUGCACCUGUCAGUUGGUUUGUCUGGUCCAAAGAUCAUCUUGUUUCUGCAUGAUAUCAAGAAGAUGCUUUGACCUACGAUUAUGUAAAUGGGUAUGAUGGUUGUUUGCGAGCAAAGGAAGACAUCUAUUGAUUUUGAUUUUUCACUGUAUCUACUCAAGUGACCGCCAAUCAUCUUUAUUGAAUGUUGGAUACUUCAAAGGAAAGAAAGGCUGGUGUUGAUUUUCAGGUAAAAGGUAUAAUUGAACAAGAAAUUCAUUCAUGUCACACAAAACUACAAGAAUACUCUGACAGCCAUCAUCCGAAUUGGUAAGUUUGUUCAUCGGAAGAAGCCUAUUACUAUUAGCUUUGGGAGCAAUAAGUUGACGGUCAAGUUCACAGGUGCUUGUAACCUGCAAACUUUGUUCACCAUAGACCAGAUUGUUUCUGCUGGCUAUUUAAGAACUGGUUUAACCUGUAAUCAUCCAAAUUAGUUUGCCGGAUAUGCUUGGGAAAAUGAAGCCUAUCCAUUUUGAGGUCAACCACAAUAAGAUGUUGAAGUCACAUAGGCAUGUUAAAUGAAAAUCGUUUCCAAACAAUAUCUAGAGAGAGCUUUAAACGAAAAAUCACAAAUAAGUAUGAAUUUUAGUUGUGAGGCCCAUAACAAUUUUGAGACAGUGGCAUGCAAUAAAAAAUCUUAACAAUUGAACAUAAUAAUGACUGGUCAGCAAAUCGUGGGGAUACAUAGUUGACAAACAUUUAUUGUAAUGUAUUUAUAUUACAUGCCUAUGAGUGUACAGCUUACUUUUAUUAUAGCCUACUAGUGUCCAUAUACCUAAAACAAUGCUUUUGUAUUGGUGGCUUGUGUUUAACCAGGAUGUAAAAUUGCUUAUUGUUGCGUGCAAGAUUAAAUGAUGUUUUUACAUUGUGUUUCAAGCAAGUGUGCAGUAAUUUAUAGCUGUCAAAUGUAAAUGCUUGCCAAGUCCUGCAAGUCCCGUCUGAAAUAUCAUUCCAACAAAAAAUCACUUAACAGUUUUCUUUACUAUGCUGAUUUGUAGUUAAAUCCUUUUUUACAACCCAACGUCUCUUUGAGAAGCACAAUACAUGUACUUGAUCACAUCUAUAUGAGCCAAACAAAUUAAUACAUUUUUAUUAAUUUAUCCACUUGUAGCUUGCAGAGGAAAAAUUAGCUCCAUGAAGACAGAUUUCUGAAUACCACAUUUCAAUCCUAUUUAUUGUCUAGCUUAAACUGCCUAAAUACUGAUUGUUCAGUAUAUGGCAGGCUCUUCUUGCAUGAUAAGCUAGCACAUUGGGCUCCUCCUGUCUGCACAAUUUGUAUAAUUUUUGUAAAUAAAAAAAUGAAAGAACAAAA